UCCGAUGUGUGACGUCACACUUCACAGGUGACCUAAUUUCGCGUAUUAUUUAUUGAUCGCUUCAGAAAGUUAAAGAAAAGUUUUAGUUGCGAGUGUAGCUUAUUAAAAGCGUCGGAUAUUUAGCUUUUAACAGGACUUUGGAGUGCGACCAGCGAUGUCGUCGUCACGAGGUAGACGAGCGCGAAGUGGUCGGCCUAGAAGUGCUCGGGAUAUCGAACUUAGGACUGUACAAGAGGAAGAAGCGUUCAGGAGGGAACUUGAGCGGCAAUUCAAGCCAUUGUUUGAUAAGCAUGGUAACCAGGGAGUUUUGGUCACUGAGUUACAAGAUGAACUGGAUGAGACGGGAAUUAUUAACACUAUACCGGAGGACAGGUUAGAUAUCUUGUUGGAGAAGGCGGACAGAGAUGGGGACUCUUAUAUUACCUUCGCUGAAUUCAUCAAUAUGAUGACACGGGAUGGUGUUCUGUCAAAGAAAGAGCGUACAGCUAUGACUAGAUUUGUAGGCGGAGUUAUAAACAAUAUCGUACCAGAAUACAUGAAGGAAGAUUUCCUCGAACAUUACACAUGCUGCCCGCCUCCAAUCUUCAUGGUGGUCAUUAGCAUAAUUGAGAUUAUAGUGUUUGUAAUAUAUGCAAUGCAGUUAAAAGAUACUAACGAUCCUGUCACUGCCACGUCAGGGGUACCACUUUACAGUCCUUUUAUAUACAAACCGUCAAGACGAUAUGAGGCGUGGAGAUAUUUUACGUAUCUACUCAUUCACCAGGGGUAUAUGCAUCUUGUCGGUAACCUGAUAUUUCAGUUAUUGCUGGGCCUACCUCUAGAGAUUGUACAUAAAUGGUGGAGAGUUCUUAUUGUCUACUUCUGUGGUGUUAUCGCAGGUUCACUGGCACAUUCAUUGACAGAUCACAAUGUUGCCUUGGCCGGUGCUAGUGGAGGUUGUUACGCUCUUAUAGGUGCCCAUCUGGCUUCCGUUGUAGUGAAUUGGUCUGAGAUGAACCACGAAUGUUGUGAUGGCAAUCCUAUAAGGUUCUUACUAAGUGCACCUGUCAGACUCACUGUCCUGCUAUUGUUAGCUGGUUUAGAUACCGCUAAUGCAGUUUAUAGACGAUUCUUUGAUCCUGCUGGUGGUAAUAUCGGAAUCACAGCUCAUAUGGGAGGCCUCAUAGCAGGGUUAUUCCUUGGUAUAGCAGUGAUGAAAAAUAUCAAUGAGAAGCCGUGGGAGAAGAAUGUAGGUUGGGUAACUCUAGCAUUGUUCCUUGUCUUCGUGUCAUUUUCCAUAUUCUUCAAUGGACUGUACAAUGGGUAUCCGGAAACAGACUGGACUGCCUGUUGCCCAUAGACUGGUUAUCUCGUUGACCAUAGACAGAUCAUAGCCUUAUUAAUUGCCUUAAGAUAGUAUGUUUUGGUUAAUCAAGUGUAAAACGUUUUUUUACAAGGCAUGAACUGGUGCCAAGAAUAUGAGAUUACAAAAGCUAUUUGAUGUAUGUAUUUAAAAAAAGUCACUAAAUUUUAUUAAAAAAAUACUUUUUAUGUGGCAGCUGGAUUUCUAGUAAUGCAAUAUUAUUGUGUGUCAGAAAUGUCUAUAGUAUGUAGGAAGCUAUAGAUAUUGCAUUAAGCAGGCUCUCCAACCUCCCUAGUCUACUUUUCUACUUUUCUUACACGCUACUGGAGAGCCUGAAAUAAGAAAUGAUGCAAUUAAGAAACAGUUGUCUUUUUUCUUUAUAAAACUGUUACCAUUUUUUAAGUUUAUGAAUGCUGCACAUGCAAGUUGAGUUCUUGCCAAGAUUUGCCACAACUUUUCACCAGUUUUAAAAAUGUAGAAAAUUUAAAAAUUAAAAAAAAGACUGUCUUACAUACCAUAACAAUUUAAUGUUUUUUUUUCUUUUCAAAAAUAUUUUCUCAGAUUUACUAUAUCAGCAUACUUCAUUGCUCAAACACCAAAUACUAUCUCUAACACAAAAAACACUGCCAAAUUAAAUAUUUAGCUUCUGUUUAUAUUCCUUUCCAAAAUGUAUCAAUAAUAUUUAUACUUUCGUUUACAAAAUUCUGCUUGCAUUUAUGUUAUAAAUUGAAACUUUUUGAAAAUGAAAUUUUAAUCCCUUUAUCUUUUAAGAAAUCUUCGUACAUUAACUUUAUUUUAUCUCCAUGUUUUUUUUUUAAUUUUAGAUAAUUAAUGUGUUACUAUUUCUUACUGAGAUUUUAGGAAAACUUAAAACGUAUGUAUAUAUUAUAUAUAUAUAUAUAUAUAUAUAUAUAUAUAUAUAUAUAUAUAUAUAUAUAUAUAUAUAUAUAUAUAUAUAUAUAUAUAUACAGUCACAUUCCUCCAUUUACGGGGCAUCGGUCUAUUUGAGACCAUACUUGUGGGGUUUAUAUUUAAUGUGGGGCAUACAUAAGGCCUCCCAACUCUGGCAUGUUUAAAACGAUGUAUGGGGGCGUAGGCUACCCUUCUAACAUAGUGCCCAUAGGCCGGUUUUAGUAGUAAAUGAUAUAUGUCCCACAAAUGUAUAUAUUUUUAAUGGGGUUUUAUGUUGUUGGUCAAUAUGUUUUCACCUAUGGUAAAAUUAAAUAUAUAGUUGAUAUAUAUAACUUAGAACCCCUUAGUUCUGUUGUUUGGAAAUGUCAUUAUAUGCCUACAUAGUGGCAUAUAUAAAAACUGACUGCAUAAAAUAAUGCCACUCAACUCGGUCUUAUAAAUAGGCCCCGUAAGUAAAGAUAUGUGUGAAUAUAUAUAUAUAUAUAUAUAUAUAUAUAUAUAUAUAUAUAAUUCACAAGUCGAUUAAUGUAUAUGGUCCUUUGUUAUUUUAGAUGGGGCAUUUUGAAAAGCCCUGUGCUUAGAAUUUUAGGAGUUGAAAAAAAAAAUCCACAAAAACAACAAACGUUUUUUUACAUUUUCUUUCUCUUGGACGUUGUUUUUUUAUUACUUUAGAUCUAUGAAAUACGUCAGUUUUCCUUCACCAAUGUCUUUCCCAUGAUGCGAGCUUGUUCAUUUAUUUCUAUUUAGGGGCGUCCGUGGCCGAGUGGUUAAGGUCGUUGACUUCAAAACACUUGCCCCUCACCGCUGUGGGUUCGAAUCCCGACAGGGACUUUGGAUUCUUUCAUGUGAGGAAGCUAUCAAGCUAGCUUACGGAACGUCGGUGGUUCUACUCAGGUGCCCGUUCAUGCCUGAAAUAAUGCACGGAAGGGCACCUGAGGUCUUCCUCCACCAGUAAAGCUGGAACGUCGCGAUAUGACCUAUACUGUGUCGAUGUGACGUUAAACCCAAAACAA